CCGCUGUUCCGACGCAUGCGCAGAACCCGUGUUUCCUCAACCUCAACUUUGCCACCAACUUCAGUCCUUAUUUUAGUUGUGAUCCACUAUCGGAUAUAGGAUCAACUUUAAAAAAUGUCGGUGCUAAACUUAAGUGAGGAUAUGGUGGAGUGCCCACUGUGUAUGGAGCCGUUGGAGAUGGAUGACCUAAACUUCUUCCCGUGUACGUGCGGGUACCAAAUAUGUCGGUUCUGUUGGCAUCGGAUCCGGACAGAUGAGAAUGGUCUCUGUCCUGCCUGUCGGAAGGCCUACCCUGAAAACCCUGCAGACUUCAAGCCCUUAUCGCAUGAAGAGCUGCAGCGAAUAAGGCAGGAGAAGCGUCAAAAGGAUGCGCAACGUAAGCAAAAGGUGACGGAGAACCGAAAACACCUCGCCAAUGUCCGUGUGGUGCAGAAGAACCUCGUGUUUGUGGUUGGUCUCUCUACGCGGCUAGCAGAUGCGGAGGUGAUUUGCUUUCUUAUUUGAGUUAUAGAAGAGAAGAUUGCCAUUCUUCAUUUACUCAUCCCACAUUAUGUGCAAACUUUCUCUUCUUUGGCUUUGGUUUUCUCCAGAUGUUUCCAUAGAGAAUAUAAGAUCAUAGCUGUGGCUGCAUGAAACCUUUGUACUAAGAAAUCAAAAAUAACUUAUGAAACCUCAGUUCCUUUAUGAAUGGAUCAAGUGCAUUUGUGUUACUACAUGUCAGAUCAGUAGGUUCCUUUCAUGGGUGCCCUUAUUACUAUAUUUUACAAGGUCAUAAAGCAGACUGUAUCUCAAAAACAACCAUGUUGAUUAGCUAUCAGGAGUGGCAUCAGUUUUGUAGCAUCAAUGAUAUGCAAA